GAGGGGCAGGAUGGACAGUAUGGAGCAGCUGCUCAGUAUCCCCUCUCUGACUAACUGCUCGAUUUGCCUGGAGAGUUUCCGUUCCCCAGUGACAACAGGAUGUGGGCACAGCUUCUGCAGUGACUGUAUUAAGAAGUACUGGGACCAGCAGAGCAGUUUCUUUACCUGCCCCGAAUGCAGACAAAUCUUCUCCAGCAGGCCACAGCUGGCCAAAAACAUCUGCCUGAGCCAGAUUAGCGAAGUCUUCCGGCAAAAGGGGACCAGUGGCCAUCCUGUUCCUGAUCCUGAUCCUGAUCCUGGGUCCAAUCCUGAUCGCAGUCCCAGACUACCCUGCCAAGCACACCACAAGAAGCUGCAAUUCUAUUGUUGUACAGAGAGAGUUGCCUUCUGCAACCUGUGCAAUGGUGGAGAUCACAAAACCCAUCACACUGUGAUGCUGAAGGAGGAGCUUGCUCGAGCACAGGUGGCAAUAGAGAGUCAUCAGAAGGCGGUGAAUUCACAGCUUCAAAAGACAUUGGAAGGGAUAUCAGCUUGGAAAGAAAGGACUGUUUCCCAACAGGCGUCUUUACAUCGACUCAGAGGGGAAGUGGAGGAGGAAUUUGCUCAGCUGUUGGUACAGGUGGAAAGAGCAGGAUGUAAGGUCAGCGAUUUCCUGCACAGAGCAGAGGGAGAGCUUCUCAAUCAGUCUGAAUCGACACUGAGGCAACUCGACGAGGACAGGCUGCAGCUGAGCCAGGAACAGCUGGAGCUGCAAACGUUACUCGAUCAUCAAAAUCAUCUGCUCUUGUUGGAGAGAUCACAGACAUUGAAGAUGACCCCUGACAGCUGUUUGUGUCCAGCCAACCAGUCAGAGGUCCCAGAGCACCUGAACAAACUGAGUACAGCAACAAAAGCAUUAUCAGACCUGCUGAAACACCACCUAGAUGUUUUCAUCCAGCUUAACUUGCCCAGCGGUGCCACCACAGAUCAGUACCAGUCAGUGCGUCCAAUGGUUAGUGCCUUCCAGCCAAGUGUCAUCCAGCUCAGUACCCUCACAGUUCAGAAGGAUGGACAGUCCCAGCCUCUGGAAAGCCAGCCAACCACACACAAUUUCUCCACACCGGACAGCACAGCUCUGUCUCCCUUCUCACAGGAUGAUGAAAGACUCACUCUCUCUGUACCCAGAACCCUCCAGGAGACUCCUCCAGAACCACAGACCCGGCAACAACUCAUGCAAUAUUUAACGGAGAUAACCUUUGACCCGAACACAGCCUCUGACUCACUGCAUCUGUCGGAUUCCAGACGACGUGUGGUCAACACACACCCUGAGCUGCAGAAUUAUCCAGCCCACGCAGAGAGAUUCACUCGGAUCUGUCAGGUCCUGGGCGAACAGGAGUUCCCUGAUGGCCGCUAUUACUGGGAGAUGUCAAUCACUGGGGCCCCGGUGAUGGUUGGCCUUGCUUAUCGCCAAAUCAACCGCAGCAGCCGUGGUGCUGCCUCCUUCCUGGGGCGCAACCAGGUUUCAUGGUGUCUGGAGCUGGCCGAAGGCAGUGGGAUUGCCUGGCACUCUAACAAACCAAGUGACCCAGUUCCUGCCCCGUACCAGUGCCUUGGCCUCUACCUGAGCAUUCCUGGCCAGACCUUGACCUUCUAUGGUAUCACUGACAUCGCUGUCCCUCUGCAUCACUUCCAGGCCACCUUCACCCAGCCCCUGCUCCCCGCCUUCCAAAUCAACAGAGGGUCCAGCAUCCAGAUCAAGCAUUAG